ACGGACUGAGGAGGUCAAAAGCCAUUUGCUGUUUUCAGCUGAAUUUGAGUGGAGCAGCUGAAAGAAACAUCAACUGACCUGGGUGCAGCCGGACAAGUUGAGGUGGAUGAGACUGUGGCAGCCCUUCCCUGUGGUCAGUUUGAAAACUUUCAUCAGAAACUGAUUUGACUCCAGUUCAUCUUGCUGAAAAGACAGGGUUCAGGAUGCGUGCGAUCCCUCCUCUCCUCUUAUUCUGCCUUUUCCUCCUGCUGCUCCCAUCCAUCGAGAUGAAAAAACCAGGAAAGGGCAGAGGCCUCAAAGGAGCAAGGCACAAACUCACACGGGACAGGGCCAGGGCAAGAGGUCCUCGCCGACACAGCAGGUCAGGCCCGUCAGGUCUUGUGUCACCCAACUGUUUAGAGUCAACAGAAUCUGGGCAGGUCUUUGUAGACUGCCAAGACCGACGUCUCUCUUCUAUUCCCACCGCAAACACCUGGUCCAACAAACCUAAGCACCUCCUUCUAGCCCGCAACCGAAUUAAAGUCCUUCAUGAUGGUGCCUUCCUCGGAUACGAGAAUUUAGAUAGUCUGGACCUGCAGCAGAACCAGAUCUCUCUAGUGGAGGAUGGGGCCUUCCAGGGUCUGACAAAGCUUACCACCCUGCUGCUUCAGCACAACCGCCUCCAAACACUUAGUGAGGAGGCUCUCAUCCCCAUGCCAAACCUUGGCUACUUGCGUUUAUAUGAUAACCCCUGGAACUGUCUCUGCCCAAUGGAUAGUCUUGUACGCACUCUUCAGGUGCCGAGCAACCGUAAUCUAGGAAACCACGCCAGGUGUGCCGAGCCCAUCUGGUUAAAAAACAUGAAGUUGAAGCACGUUGAUCCUGAGUUACUCUGUAAAGAACCAGACCCAGCCAACAACCAACAGAAUGAUGAAACGGGUUACACGGGCGUUUUAGAGCCCAGUUCAAUUCGAAGCAAACCAGAUGCUACUACAGUCUGCUACACCUACCAUUACCCCCAAAUACGGAUGGACUGCAGUAACCGAGGUUUAACUGAGGUGCCCUCAGGUAUCCCCGACAACGUUGUCCACAUCAACCUGUCGCAUAAUUCGAUCAGUCACCUCAAAGCUAGAGACUUUCAUGCCGCGAAGAGUCUCCGAACCCUUAAUCUCAGCAAUAACAACAUGGAGCACCUGGACAAAGGUUCCCUGACUGGGCUUUUGCAUCUCCAGGAGCUGGACUUGUCAAACAACCAACUGAAGUUUGUCCAGUAUGGGGUUCUUGAAGACCUCUACUUCCUGUUACAUUUAAAACUGGAAGGAAACCUCUGGGUGUGUGACUACAGCAUUCAGUACAUGGUUUACUGGCUAAGUCUCCAUCCAGGAGUGAGUCCUUCAGGCCUGGUGUGCCACUCUCCUCUGGAAUACGCUGGGGAGAGCGUGGAGGAGUACGUGAAAGCUUACAACAGAGAGUGUCCAAAGGACAGACAGCAAAGCAGGCCAGAUCAAGACCAGACAGACCCCGAGCUCUGGAACACACUGAUGGAAGCACAGGGAGAGCUGGAGGAGGAGGAGCUGGAGCCGAGCGCCUUGAGGGUGCCGCAGAAAUACCAGAUCAUCAGAUUGUCCUGACUCAAGUUAAAAUAUGAACCUUAAAGGCUGUUUGUUUUGUCUUCAUUAACCUGUUCUGUAAUUUGUAAAGCAAAAAGUCUGCAUCAGAUGAAAAAACUAUUUUUUUGUUGCUUUUAUGUGUUAUCCGUGUUGUGUUUUUAAUUCAAAUAUAUAAAGAUAGACAUUUUGAUUA